AUGGCGCCGGGCUCGGCAAGAGAGAGGGUGGAGGCUGGAAGCGGGAGGGAGGAGGGGAGGGAGAGAGGCGAGGCAGCUGCUACCCUAGCCUCUGCCCCCAUCACUGCCGCGACGGCCGCCUCGGCUCCCAACCCAACACCUCCUCUCCCCCCGACGACCUUCCUCACCGAGGAUUCUCCUGCAUUUCGCGGCCUGCAGCAGCAGCUCGACGACCAGACAUCUGCCCUCUCCGACAUUGCCGCCUCCCUCCAGCAACUCCUUACCUCGUCGCGCAACCCCGAGCCUCAGCUCCCUCCGCCAGUAGCUGAAACGCUCGCCUCCGCCACGCUUCCCGGGUCUGCGCUCGGUGCACCCCUCCCAGGUGAGUCCGACAUGGACCGCAUUUUCUCCUGGCUCUCGCGGGAAGUUGUCCAGCAGGUCAUCGACAACACUCUUCCACCACAGGACCUGGGCAGACUGCGCAACCCUGACUCGCUUCCAGUCGAUGACGAGCACGAGCACGCUGUCCUGGUCAAUGGCGUCCUCAUCAAGUCUGUCCCAUCCACGGAUUCUACCUCCUCCACCCGCCACUUCACCAAGCUCAUUCCCGACGUCCGCUGCUUCGCCGAGGCCUGGACUACCGACUGGAUGCACAUGUGGUUGUCGGUUGCCUCCUAUGUCCUUGCCACCUGCCGACGACGCUUUGGCCAUGCCUCCGCAGCCUUGUGGGCCCAGCAAGACCAGGCCGCGUGGAACCAGCACCUCAGCACUGCCACCUCCUUCCGCCCUCUCCCCAAGUCCUCCACACCAGGCGGCACCAAUCGCCAAGCCGACACCCAGCCGAAUGGGCCACCCUCCAAGCGCCAGAAGGGCCUCGAGGUGUGCUUCCGGUACAAUGGCGGUGGCUGCCCCGAGGGUGAUGCGUGCUGGCGGCAACACGAAUGUAGUGGUUGCGCCGGCCACCACAGCGUCAAGGACUGCCCACGACUCCGCCCAAGCGGCGAUGCCAAGGGCUCGGCACGGCACAUUGAUGGUCCUGCGGGACCUCCCGAUCUCAGCACCCCUCUGCUGCAGGGCUUGGCCCAGCUCUUUGGUGACUCUGCGGGUACGCCCGUCUUUGGAACCCCUCCGCUGCAGGGCUCGGCACGGCCUGUCGCCUUACCGGUGGGUUUAGGCAAGACAAGAACCCCUCCGCUGCAGGGCUUGGCACGGCUCUUCAACUCGGUCCUGUCAGCCCUCGAUGUCCCAUCAGCUGACCGGUGCCUCUCUCUCCUUCUCAAUGCGUGGUCACACAACCCAGGACUGCGCCCCAACACCUCCUUCGCUGAUGCCGUCUUUGACCCAGCCUUGCAGCCCGCAAGGCACAGCUCCAUGCAAGAGUGUGCCUUUGCGUGGUCCACCCUUCUCAAUCUCUACCCAGAUCCCAUCUACCAUCGCCAGCUCCUCGGCAUGAUUGAGCACGGCUGCCUACUUGGUUACGACGGGCCGCUGCGCAAUGCCGACCGCCGCAGCGACAAUCUUCCCAUCUCAUCAGUCGGUCACAGUCACCUUCAGAAGGAAAUUGCUGCACGCUUGGCCGAGGGUCGCCUCUCCAUCAUACCAGCCAGCACCAACCUUGUUGAGUCACCUAUUGGGGUGGUGCCCAAACCCCGCUCAACCAAGCUGCGCACCAUCCACCACCUGUCUCACCCCCGCCGCCCGACGGCUGCCACUCUUCCCUCCGUCAAUGCCGGUAUCUCCCCAGGCUUCAUUCGGAUCCGGUACGAAGGCCUGCAGGACCUCCUGGCCUUUGUCAGCCGGAACCCGGGCUGCCUCCUCUGGAAAGGCGACCUGGAGGACGCUUUCCGGCACGUGGUGACAGCUGAGCGUGAUUCGCACCUCCUCGGCUUCAGCUACAACGGCGUCCGCUAUCGCGAGAACGCGCUGACCUUCGGGGGCAGCAGCUCCCCAUGGCUCUUCAACCUGGUCGCCGAGUUCCUCCACUGGCUCGUCGCAGCUUGCCUCCCCGCUGACUGGCCUGUCAAUCAUUACCUGGACGACACCUUCGGCGCUGUCCCAGUUUCGCACACCACCCAUGCCCUCCUACCCAUACACAUCCUCGCCCUGGCAGCGAAUGCCCUGGGCCUUCGGCUCUCACCCAAAAAGACCUUUGGCACCUCCACCAGGCUCGAAGUCCUGGGCAUCGAAAUUGACACAGUUGCCCAGACCGUUGGCAUCACUGACGACCGACGCCACCACAUCUUGGCGCAAUGCCACAGCCUCCUGCAGCACCAUUCCGUGGACCUGCUCGACAUGCAAUGGAUUGCCGGCCUCCUACAGUUCGUGUCUCAGGUCUUCCCAUGCGGAAAAGCCUUCCUUCGCCGCCUCUAUGACACCACUCGCCGUGCUCUCCCCGGCAAACAUCACCUGACCCGGCUGGCUCGCUUGGAGCUCCUCUGGUGGUGCAACAUCCUCGAGCGUUGGUCUGGCACCAGCGUCCUCUCCCCCUCGCCGCUCACGGCAGCACACAUCUGGACCGAUGCUUGCCCGAAGGGUUACGGCGGCUAUCUUGGGCUCGACACCUCUCCCACUGCUGUCUUUGCCAAGAUUGUCCCUCGUCGCCAUCGCAGGAAGAACAUCCGCUUCCUGGAAGCUCUCGCUGUCCUUGAAGCUCUACGAUGCUUCCUUCCUCUUUGGUCGGGUCCCACCCUCGUGGUGGUGCAUGUCGACAACGAGAAUGUCGAGCAUGGCCUCCGCUCGGGACGUUCCCGUGACCCGCUCACCCAACGUCUCCUGCGGGAAAUCUUCGGCCUCUGCCUCAAGCACGACCUCACCAUCCGGCCACACUCUGCAGGUCCACCGCCUGGCGUCGCCUCCAGCCUUGGCGUCUCCGCCCGUGCUGCCAACCUCCUGUGGCACGGCCUUGCCGCCAGCACCCGCCGCCGUGCCGGGGGCACCCCCUCGUCCUUCCAGUCCUUCUGCCUCCAACACUUCGGGUUCGGCACUUCCUGUUUCCCAGCCACGAGCCUCCACCUGCUGGAGUGGCUCGCCCACCUCUCCAGCCUUGGUCGCCCUUUCCACUCGGCCAAGCACGGGCUGGGAGCCCUCCGAUCCCACCACAUGGACCUUGGCCUCGACACCUCGGGUUUCUCCUGCGGCCGCCUCGAGCGUGCCUUGCGCGGCUAUAAGCGCUUGCACGGUGUGGGCCACUUGGGCACUAAGCUCCCCAUCACCUUGCCGCUCCUCCGCCAGGUCCUCCUCGCCGUGGGGAAGAUGGCCGACCUCUUCCCCCGAGACCGCCUCGUCCUUCAGGCAGCCUUUGCCCUCGCCUUUGCCUGCUUCCUCCGCUCAGGCGAGCUGGUCUGGGACCGCGGCGUGGACCGUGCUACCAUCCUCACAGUCUCCUCCAUUGAGUGGGCAUCUGCCCAUGUUGUGCUCACCCUCCCUGCCUCCAAGACCGACCCUUUCCGGCAGGGUGUGCGUGUCGUUGCCCCAGAGGUGGGUGGUGUCGAGUGCCCAGUCGCUCGUCUCCGGCCCCUCUCCCAGGGUCGCCCCCCUUCAGCGCUGCUCUUCGGCCUUGGCCCUUCUGGCCUUGACCCUCUCCCCCGGUCUACCUUCGUCACCGUCCUCCGCCGUGCCAUCCAGGCUUGCGGCCUCCCGGCGUCGCAGUAUGCCAGCCACUCUUUCCGUCGUGGUGCAGCCACCUGGGCGUCGCAGCAUGGCACCUCCACCGCCGACAUCCAGUCACUCGGCCGGUGGAGCUCUGACUGCUCCCGCCGCUACAUCGACAGGUCGGCUCAGGAGCGCCAUGCUCUGGUCGCUUCGGCCCUCUUCUCUGUCCGCAACGGCCCCCUGGUUCCCAGCAGCCCUGCCUGGAGAGAUCCAGGCCUGGCCUGA